AUGGCGUCGACCAUGUUCCACAUUUAUGACAUGAACUCCAUCGCUUUAAUGAAGGCAAGUCCAUAAACAGUCAUGUGACAACCAGACAUUUCAGAAAAUCCUUCCCGUGUGCAUACCAACACAUUAAUAAUGAUGUAAUUGCUCUCUCUCUCUCCUCCACCAUCAUUGGAAUACACCAUUCUCUCUUUAAACGGUCGUUCCCUUGAUCCCUCCGGUCCUCCAGCUUCUCCUUCCGCCUCCAAAACCUUGGAAGUCAACCUCUACAUCCCUCUCCACCACCUGCUCCUCCGCGGUUGCUUCCUGAUCUCUCUCCCCUCAUGGCUGGCGCCAACAUUGAGAGCAAUCCGCUCUUGCAGGACUUCGAGUUCCCCCCAUACGAUGCAAUCGAGGCCAAGCAUGUCCGUCCUGGGAAGUACGCUCUCUUGAAGAAGUUGGAGAGUGAUUUGGAGGAACUAGAGAGGACAGUGGAGCCAUCUUGGCCGAAGCUCGUGGAGCCAUUGGAGAAGAUUGUGGAUCGAUUGGAUGUGGUCUGGGCGAUCAUUAAACAUCUCAAGAACGUCAAAGAUACAGCUGAGCUGCGUGCUGCAAUAAAGGAAGUCCAGACAGAGAAAGUUAAUUUUCAGUUAAGACUUGGGCAAAGUAAACCGAUUUACAACGCUUUCAAAGUUCUUCGAGAGUCGCCCAAGUGGAUGAUGCUGAGCGAGGCUCAAAAACGUGUAGUGGAAAAACAAACAAAGGAAGCAGUUUUGAAUGGGGUUGCCCUGGAAGAUGGCAGAAGAGAAGAGUUUAACAAAAUUAAGCAGGUGGGAUGCAUUUUAUGAAUACAUCACAUAAAAUUGAAAUUUUGUGAGUUUGUGGCAGUGAUGAAGUGUCUUUUGGCGUCUUAAUAUAAUGUUCUAUCUGCUUGACUUAUAAGCAUGGAUGUACACACAGAGGACAUGGAUUUUACAAAGUUUCACAACU